UUUCUCCUCCCAUACACGCGGGAGGUGGAAGGAUAUUGACUCCAGUACGUGCUUAGAGCUACCGUGGGCAGUAUCCCAAGGCUUGUUCUCCCCCAAUCCACCCUUCACCGCCCCGUCUCACACAAGGAUCAAGGAUAUGGAGACUCUUUUGGCCAACAACCAUCUUGGUCCCGAUGAGGGGCAUCUGCACUCGUCCCUGGAGCCACCAGCGGGAGACCACUCCAACAACAACGGCGGCGGCGGCGGUGCCGCCGCCACCGACGGCCUCGCCGAUAGCGUCAGCGGACCGGCGUACGAGUCCCUGUACAACGAGCCGGAGGAUCCAACAGGCACCCGCCAGACGCUCAUACAGAACCGGUACUGCUUCUGGUACUACCGGAAGGGUGCGCAGAAGGAGAGCAAGGACCCCAGCGAGGCGUACGAAAGCGGCAUCAAGGUCGUCGACAGCUUCCAGACGGUGGAGCAUUUCUGGCGCAUCUACAACCACAUCCUCCGCGCCGACCAGGUGCCUAACGCAACCGAUGUUCACCUGUUCAGGGACGGCAUCAAGCCCACCUGGGAAGACGCCUCCAAUUCGAGAGGGGGGCAGCUGCUGAUACGCCUCAAGAAGGGGCUGGCGAGCCGCGCCUGGGAGAGCCUGGUGCUGGCCAUCAUCGGGGAGCAGUUCGACGUCGGCAACGAGAUCUGCGGCGCCGUGGUGUCUGUACGGUACAGCGAGGACGUCAUAUCGGUGUGGAACCGUUCCGCCUCCAACACCGAGGGCAUCGAGAAGAUCCGGGACACCGUCAAGCGCCUCCUUCAGAUACCGCCCUUCGUGCAGGUGGAGUACAGGCGCCACCAGGACAAUCUCGGGGCGGCCAGCGUGAGGGAGGAAAGAGGAGGGGGGGGAUUUCCGGCUGCAUCCCCGGGUUUCGGCCCCCGAGGCGGACCCCCCGGCGGCGCCUGGACACGCCACAGUAGGGGUGGCGGCCCGCGCGGGAUGGGUGAUCGUGGGGAUGACCAUCACCACAAGGACGGAGAACGCGCCGCACCCGCGGCCGGCGGCGGAAUGCCUCAGGAAACCUGGGCCAGGGGGCCGCCGGAGGCAAGGGACCGAGACCGCGACGCCGGGGGGUUCCGCGGAGGGGCCGGCGGGGGGGGAAUGGGGGGCUUCCGUCCCCCCCCCGGGAGGUGGGCGGAGCGGCGGGCGGCGGAGGAGGCGGGAGGGGGAGGAGGGGCGGGCAAGGACUACGGUGGGGGAGGGGGGGCGGGGGAUAGGGAAAGGGGGGACGGCGGCGGGAAAGGAUUCGGGCGGGGGGACCGCGUGGAUCGCGAGAAGGACUUGGAGAAGUGGGGGAAGGUGCGGAAAGACCCGACCAGCCACCGGGACAGAGACCGGGACAGGGAGCGGGGCGACCCGGCGUUCCGUGAUCGCGCGGAAUUCCGGGACAGAGACACUACCGAUCGAGACUGGGGAAGGCUCCGUCGCCCGGGCCCGCCUCCGGGCGUUGGAGGUGGUCUGAGGGGGAUCGGCGGGGGGGAUGGCGGCGCGGGGGGGGACCACAGGAGGCCCCGUGAGGGAGGAGGGGGGGGGCUCGAGCGCCUGGAGCGUCAAUCGUCCUUGGACGAAGGCAAAGGUCGCGACUGGGGAAAACUACGGCACACAACCCCUGCUUCUCCUGACGGCGACAAGAGAUGAGGGCCUAGAUUACACAUGGUGGCCUCCUCGCCCUCGUGUUGGAUGCGCCGUCGCCGCCACCCCGCGGGCUCAUGAGCAAAUAGCAGCGACGGAGACACGAUGCGGGAUGGAGAGUGUGAUUCGUCGCCUCCCUCUUUGCCUCAUGCCUCAUGGCAGGACACUUAAAUAUGCUAUGCACACGUAGACUACAUGAUUGUAGCGUGUGUAUCUCUUGUGAGAACAGUCCGUGGAAAUUUGCUCACGGAAAGAGUCACAGGAUUUACGCGUACUUCACAGUGCAGCAACGCUCGUUGGAAAGGGGCGUCUGUAUGUGCAAUCAGAAGGCAGGUAGGGGGAGGGGGGAGGGGGAGCAACAUGCACGUGCGGGACCGAAAACAAUUACUUUGUUUGUCCAUUUGGGAGGAAAGUUGUGCACUUGUGGAGAGUACUGUACUGUCCAGGAGGGGGAUAGAGUGUGCUCUGCAUGUGGGUGAACGUUUCAUGAUAUAGUAGUGAUCGUCUUUCGCUUUUAAAGAGCGUGGACGACUGGUUGCUGACGCUCAUUGCGGAGUACCGUUUGUUGAGGAAUCUUGCCGGACAGUAGUAGUGCAGGCGCCCGGUUUUGGAAGCAAUUCAGUGACUCUGCGUGCUUUGUGUGCAGCGUGUCCGUUGGGCUCCGGGGGCUGUAGUGAUUUGGUAUGUUCUGUCUUGACCUUGAUGGUGUGGACACUUACCAGCUCUUGGAGGUCGUUCUUUGUUGUAUUCUGCCGAGGUGGCACAUACCCCGAAAGGUUAAGAUAACCAUGAGCGAUCAUGAUUUCACUCCCUUGUUA